AUAAAACCUCCUUGAAGGAAUAAUGUACAAAACAAUAAUGGAAAAUAUAGGUUUUAUAACAGAAUACACCAGCAAGAGUUACAUAUGAAUGAUCUCCUCUUUAUCACCAGCCUCCUGUUUGACUAGAUGAUUUUCUGAUGGAACCCCCUUCAUAUGAGGAGUCCCGUCUCCACCCUCCUGCUCUGAGCGCACAAGUAUUCAACAUACCUCCUCCCCCCUCCUAUGACGCCUCCCUCUCCCCCCCCUCUACACCUCCUCCCACCUAUGGGGAAGCAAUUACAAACCAGCCAGAUCCUUUUCCUGUCCUGACUCCGCCCAGGGUGCCACCUGCUGGUCAUUCACAAAGCACUGGACUCAUAAUCCAUCCACCCAUACAAGUUGGCGUAACGCCGUCUGUCAGUAGCAGACAAACUCAGCCAGUAGUCGUGACGCAGCCACAGCCUGUUCCUAUCACAGUGACAUGUCUGAGAGAAGCCCCUGGUUUGGUACACUGCCCACACUGCCACCACGUUGUCACCACUAAAGUCACCUACCAUCCUGGGAGGGCUGCCUGGUGCAUGUGUUGCCUUCUCACAGUGAUGGGGUUGAUCUGUGGUUGCUGUCUGAUUCCGUUCAUGGUACACAGCCUACAAGAUGCACAUCAUUCCUGCCCACAGUGUGGAAAACAGCUGCACACAUACACAAGAUGACACUGUCAGGAUUAAUAAGGCUCCUCUUGUCCUCAGUCCACCCAAAAUCUCAUAACACUCGUAACACAUUUUUGUCACAAUAUGGAUACAUAAGCUGGUUGUCAUAAGCUAGAAAUGUAAAUAGCUCACUGCUCACAUGCUACAUCUAAGGUGUAUACUGAACAUACUGAACAUAGAGAUGGACAGAGGAGGAGCAGGAACUUUUUGAGAAGUUUCUACAGAUGUUUUCAUACAAUUUUCACUAUAAAAAUAGAGUUGGAAUCCGCAGGAAUUCAAACUCACCACGGAUUUUUACAAUAGGACAAAACUCUAAUGUUUUAAAGUCUUUUUUGUGAUUCCAAAAAUAUUUACUAUUCAAUUUUUAAUAUGAUCUUUCUCAUCAUAUUCCAUCUCUGACAAUUCAGAUGGUAGGGUUGAGAUGUUUUACACA